GGUUAGCGGUCAACCGCGACACUCACUAGUGUGCCUUAUCCUCUAGAACUCCGAGUUUAGUUUUCUUUCCCUAGAGAUUUUGACGUCGACUUCAGUCCGUGAGAGUUUAAUGGUCUGGGUUGCAUUUCGAUCUGUCCAAUUUCGGUUUCUUGACAUCAAUUUCAAUGAUGUGUUGGGGUAUCAGAGAGCACCAUUUUUGGGACGAGGUCUAAGGAAUGCUUUACCUCCUGCGUCUCAUGCACUGACGAAUGUUAACACUUUCGUGAGUUUUUUGAGACGGCUGAGCGUGGUUCGAUUGUCUUGAGAGCCGAUGUUUUGAGUCCUCUUUUGUGAAGUGUUUGCCUUUCUCGCAGAGUUUCUAACUAUUUGUCGUCGUUCAAGGUCUUCUUUUCCUCUUGUAAGGAACUGGUGCCGUUUUGCCUCUUCACAGUGAUAUGUUCUCCGGGUGCGGUCUGCGAGAUAUUUGGGAUGGAAGCAUGAGCGAGUUCCAUUCGUGACCAGUGCUGUAUCAAGAAGGCGGUGCGAUCGACCUUGGAGCACGUCAUUGCCCGCGUAGUCUUCUACAGGGUUUCAAUUCAAUGACAAACUGUUGCUGUGCCGUGUCUCUCCUGACUUUGUCAAUUCUUCUCUGCAUCGUGCUGCGAGGGGUUCAAUCCUCGAGCGUUUUGCGAGCCACAGUGGAGAACGCUGCGGAUAAUGCACGCUAUGGAGGAGAAUCCUCGCGAUCCGGAGGGCUAUACUUCAGUCUGAAGCGCCGCGAUUCCCCCGACUCCCCGUUUCGGCAGCGUCACAGAAGCAGAAUGGACCAGUUGCAGGUGGUUCUGCAUCGAGAUAAUGCGCGAGCCAAAUCCUUUCAGGAACAUAUCAUAACGCGACAGCCGAGGCGUGCCACUGGGAUGUCAACCGAAAAGGAUUCGUCGGACGCUGCGCCCUGUCAUCGAUCGGAUUCCCCUGCUGAUCCUACAGUGCCUGAAAACCUGGAGCAGGGAAGUCUGCUGGCUCCGGAAAAUGCAGGGGAGUAUUACACGGAGCUCUACGCCGGGACGCCGCGGCAGCUAAUCGUGGCUAUGGUAGAUUUAGGGAGUGACGUCUUCUGGAUGGGGAAGCCAUUGAGCAGGUUACGAAACCGCAAAUACACAGAUCCCGUGAAAUCGUUCUUCUAUCCCUCUUCCUCCGUCUCGUUCACUCUAAUUCCUUCGGGAUCCGAAAAUUGCCUUGCACUGAAGGGUAUUCAUGUGUCUGGUCAGAGAGAAGAUUGCCGUCUCUUGGUGGGCACAAAGGAGCAGUACUACGGAGCGCUGGAAUUUGCCUACGAAGACAUUCGGCUGAACAAAACCGCGGAGUACAAAUCUGGCGUGAUUAAGCAGCUGCUGAUUAGUGUGAGCCAGGUGCCACGGUCGACAGCAGGAGUACUAGGCCUCGGUAGGGGGGACUCCUCGUUCGCAACCCAGGUAGUAAAGCGGCACACUCAUUUCUUCAACAGAAUUUCCUAUUGCCUGGCCGACACAGAUGAACCCGCAGGAAGCUCCUUGGUGUUUAGCUCUGGCGAAGGAGGCCCACAUCUCGAGUUCACGCCGCUGUUGAAGCACCCUCUUGUGGAGACUUUUUACUUCGUAAAUUUGGUUGCGGUGGCUGUGAACGGCGCCAAAUUGCCAAUUUCUAGUAAAGUGCUCAAGAUGAAUAGCGAGGGGAAUGGAGGGGCCAUCCUUGACAUGAGCACUCGGUUCACGAGAUUCCCGAAUAGCGCAUUCGAUCACUUGGUCAAAGCUCUUAAGGCGCUCAUCCGGUUACCGACGAUGGUGGUGCCCAGGUUCCAACUGUGCUACAGCACCGUGAACACUGGCACCCUCAUAAUUCCAACCGUGACCCUAAUUUUUGAGAAUGGUGUGAGAAUGAGAUUGCCAAUGGAGAACACUUUCGUCUCUGUGACAGAGCAGGGGGACGUGAUGUGCUUGGCUAUGGUGCCGGGAAAUCCUGGAACUGCGACCGUCAUUGGCAGCGCCCAGCAGCAGAACUUCCUCAUAGUCAUCGAUAGGGAGGCGUCACGGUUAGGCUUUGCACCCCUGCAGUGUGCAUCUUCGCCCAACUUGUGAUUGACGAACCAAAACCAUGAUUAAAGCUGGUCGGUUAGUCAAAUAACUGUACAUAGUUAGAACACUCGAACGACACAGAUAAACGAUCACAACACUUGGAAUCAGCUUCUAUCCACGUCGUGCUUUUAGACGUGGACUUGACAGCCUACACAUCUUUCUGAUCCCCCAUUGUCGAAGCC